ACAUCAACUCUCCCAAUCAUCUCCAUUUCCCGCCACACACACUCUCUCUCUCUAUACAAUGGCAGCAGACAAGAAGAAGAAGAAGCGCCGCCGUGAAGACUCCAGCUCCGACUCCGACUCCGACUCCGACGGCGACACCAAAACCCGCCCCUUCAAGAAGCGCCUCAACCCCGACUCCCUCAUCCUCUCCACCCUCAAAACCCUAGUCGCCAACCAAAACACCUCCUCCUCCAAAACCCUAACCCUAGCCGACCUCUCUCUCUCCUCCACCUGCCGCGAAGUCUCCGACCUCCCUCUCUCCUCCGUCCAAUCCGCCAUCGAAUCUCUCAUCCUCUCUCUCUCCCACUCCAUCCUCUCCGGCCACGGCUUCUCCUUCUCCGUACCUUCUCGCUCCGCCGCCAACCAACUCUACGUCCCCGAACUCGAUCGCAUCGUCCUGAAAGACAAAUCCUCUCUCCGCCCCUACUCCUCCGUCUCCACCGUCCGCAAAACCACCAUCACCACCCGCAUUCUCCAGCUCAUCCACCAGCUCUCCACCAAGAGCAUCCACGUCACCAAGCGUGAUCUCUUCUACACCGAUGUCAAGCUCUUCCAGGACCAAACCCAAUCGGAUGCUGUCCUUGACGAUGUUUCGUGUAUCCUUGGGUGCACUAGGUCUAGCCUCAAUGUCAUUGCAGCUGAAAAAGGAGUUGUGGUGGGUCGGCUUUUGUUUAGCGACAAUGGCGAUAUGAUCGAUUGCACCAAAAUGGGAAUGGGUGGGAAAGCGAUUCCUCCCAAUAUUGAUCGUGUUGGGGAUAUGCAGAGUGAUGCAUUGUUCAUUUUGUUAGUGGAGAAGGAUGCUGCUUAUAUGAGGUUAGCUGAGGAUCGGUUUUAUAAUCGGUUUCCGUGUAUAAUUGUGACAGCGAAGGGGCAGCCCGAUGUUGCGACAAGGUUGUUUUUGAGGAAAAUGAAGAUGGAAUUGAAGUUGCCGGUUUUGGCUCUUGUUGAUAGUGAUCCUUAUGGGUUGAAGAUAUUGUCAGUUUAUGGGUGUGGAUCGAAGAACAUGUCGUAUGACAGUGCUAAUUUGACGACACCGGAUAUAAAGUGGUUGGGGGUUAGGCCGAGUGAUUUGGAUAAGUAUAAGAUACCAGAGCAGUGUAGGUUGCCGAUGACAGAGCAGGAUAUUAAGACUGGGAAGGAUAUGUUGGAGGAGGAUUUUGUGAAGAAGAAUCCCGGGUGGGUUGAGGAGUUGAGUUUGAUGGUGAAGACAAAGCAGAAGGCGGAAAUACAAGCGCUGAGCUCAUUCGGGUUUCAGUACUUGUCUGAGGUUUACUUGCCGCUAAAGCUGCAGCAGAAGGAUUGGCUCUGAAGAUUGGGGAAUGAAAGUUGGGUGAGUUUGGUUAUGGUAAUUUCUGCACUUCUUGUUUCUCUGUUGAGGGUUGAGAAAUUGGUUCAGUAGUGCCAAAGCUUUUAUAUGUAUGUUUGGAUUUCAAUGUUGCAAUAACAAUUGUAUUUCACUACAGUCAAUAUAGUUUAUGCUUCAUUGAAGUAGUGAUUCUGCUGUAUGUUUGGAUUUCAA